CGCACUGAGUGAGAACCAGUUUGUCGGGUUUGUUAUAGGAGGCCUCAGACGUCUGCUACGCUCUUUUAUCAAAACGCGAGAAAUAUAAAAGGACAUCAAAAUGACUUUGUUUGUCUUUGCUCACUUCAGCGUGUAGAUGAUCGGAAGGGAAAGAAUUUUCAAUAGAGCAGACCACAACCAGCACCGGGAAGCCACGAAUCGAGCAUAUGCAGUCAUGCCUUGUCAUGGACUUUCCCACUGUAAGCUUGCUCUGCUUUUCGCUGUGCUGAUGGAUAUCCUCGGUGUGGCAGCUCUCUUGAUUGGGGUCUUUGCUCCUCUGGAAAUUGGCGGAAAAGACUUUGGGGACCUGCUGGUGUACUCCGGCUCCAUUCUUGUCUUUAUUUCCUUGCUGGGCUGGGUCUUCUGGUACAGUGGAAACAUCGAAGGCCUCGAAACCAGUGACAGGCAACUCUGGCCAAAACGGGGAGCCAUAGAGAGACUAACCCGCACCCUGAGCCGCAGAAUGAGCAGCCCCAAAAGUCGACCUGAUACCAUCAGUCUAACACGACGAGAGUGAAAGGUGAUGCAAGGCCUCAGCUCCUCACUGGCACCGUCAUCUGUUUGCAGCCCUUCAUUACAAUGCCUGUUCACACUCAUGGGAUUGGCACUGGAUUUUUUUCUUCAAGGUUUGACUUUUUCUAAAAAGCCGAAUAAACCCCAGUGUGAUCUGUGACACGACUUCAAAGGGGACAGCAGGAAGUGGGACAAAAGGUGUUUUUGUUCAUAGGUUGGAACAAACAGAACCGUGCAGUCCCCAUACAACCCCAAGUCCUCUUCUUGUUGAAUCUUGCAGAAAUCACCCAUUUGACUUAAAUCACUGGAUCGUUCUAAAGCUUUGUAUCCUUUCGCCUGGUGUGCCUCACUUUUAAAAACAGUGUCCUAUAUAUUUCACUUUUUUGUACAACUUUUUAAAUGAUGAACAGUUUUUUGUUUUCUUUGUAAAUAAGGACUCCGGAUGACUUAAUGUGAACUAGUGGACUCACAAAGGGAAGCGCCACCUUGGCUGUCCAGAGAGCUACUGUGCUUAUGGGAAGUUUUGAAAGUGAAGUAAAAAGGGAACAACAAGGGUGGGCCGCUGAACUGUAGAAUAUUCUGGAUUGGCACACUGGGAGGUUAUUACCUGUCAGGCUGAAAACUGCAAGAAAUGAUAAGGUGGGUUAAAAAUGACUAGGAGUGGGUCCUUGAGGAAAAUGUUUUAGUAACACAACUUUAUGUGAACUUAAUAAUAUCACCCUCUGAGUUAUAUGUUUAUUGUUAAGGCAUGUGACCCACUGAACCAAGGGGCCUGUUGCUGGAGUCUUGACAGAGGGGCAUUCUGGAAAAUUACACGUUCAGUUGGUCCACCAGGGUAAAACAUUGAUUUAGUGGGUAAACAUUCUAUAUUUGUGCAUUUAAAGGGCAGAUAUGGAUUCUGUGCAUACAUAAACAAGUGUAGCUGCUAUUUGCUAGUAAAGUCUUCUUCUUCUUCUUUUUUCGGCUGCUCCCGUUAGGGGACCAGCUGACCAUCUGACCACAACAGGCCACUGGUUGCUGGGUUUCACCAUUCAGUAAUGUUUGCAUGGGUGUUUGUUCUGCAUGUUGCUAAUUUUCUUGAUUAGGUUACAAUUACAGAAGCAAUCUAAACAGAAAAGGGAAACUAAACCCAUGUAGGUGGCGAUGUGGUAGUGUUGAUGCUUUGUAGUAAGGAGAUUGUGGGUUCACUCUCUGGGUCCCCCCCUGUGUGGAAUGCACCUUGAGUAGCGAUAAAAGGACUAAAUAAAUGUCUUCUUCUUU